GAAGUUGUUCCUUUCUUGUUUACGUGCAACGUGAGGUGGCUCUUACGCUCUCGUUCGUGCGUAUUUUUCAUCUUUAUUUCGUGGAAAUCUGCUGUUUUUCAUUCCUUCAGAUAUGGAAUACAUAAGUCAAGGGGCCACAGUCCACAUGGAUACCGCUACAUCGUCGAAAAAUAAGAUUCUUUGCUGUGAAUGCGGAGUUCCUAUCGAACCAAAUCCGUCGAACAUGUGUGUGGCUUGUCUGCGCACACACGUGGAUAUAACUGCAAAUAUUCCCAAGCAAGCGGUCAUCUUCUUCUGCCGGAACUGUGAACGCUACCUGAAUCCACCCAGCGAAUGGGUUCAAUGCAGUCUCGAGUCGAAAGAGUUGCUUUCCGUUUGUCUGAAACGUUUGAAAGGGCUGAAGGAAGUUAAACUUGUCGAUGCAGGUUUCAUAUGGACGGAACCUCAUUCGAAACGUAUCAAAGUUAAAUUGACGGUACACGGUCAAGUCAUGGACGGUGUUGUACUGCAACAGGUCUUCGUGGUUGAGUUCACGGUUAAUAACCAGAUGUGUGACGAUUGUCAUCGAACAGAGGCAAAAGAUUUCUGGCGAUGUUUAGUACAGGUUCGUCAAAAGGCAAUGAACAAAAAGACUUUGUUUUACUUGGAACAAAUGAUCUUGAAACACAGAGCGCACGAAAAUACACUUGGAAUCAAGCCUUCUCCUUCAGGAGGCCUGGAUUUCUACUACGCUACCGAUGCCCAUGCCCGAAAAAUGGUUGACUUUAUACAAGCUGUUCUCCCAGUAAAAAUCACCAACUCCAAAAAGUUGAUUUCACACGACAUUCACAGUAAUUCGUAUAACUAUAAGUACUCCUACGCAGUGGAUGUGGUGCCAAUAUCCAAGGGAAGUCUGGUUUGUUUGAAUAAGAAACUUCAACAACAGUUGGGUCAUAUUUCACCGAUUUGUUUGGUAACAAAGGUUGCGAAUGCUAUCCAUUUGAUGGAUCCUCGUACAGCCCAAAUGGCGGAAGUUCAAAAUGUUGCGUUCUGGAAAAAUCCCUUUGAAGCUAUCUGCAAUCCAAAGCAAAUGAUUGAAUUUAUAGUGAUGGAUGUGGAAAUCACGCGAGAUCAGGAAAAGAAAAAUUUCCCUGGACAGGGUCCGGUUUCGUACCGACACAUACUGGCUGAUGUGUGGGUAGUAAAAGCGUCUGAAUUAGGAGUCAAUGAAAAUACAAUACACAUUCGUUCUCAUCUGGGACACUUGCUUAAGCCAGGUGACUCGGUGCUCGGCUAUGACUUACGGGAUGCCAACGUAAAUAAUGCUGAUUUUGAUAAGCUGAAGCAGGAUAUUAUUCCGGAUUUGUUGCUUGUUAAAAAGUUCUACGAUAGAACCAGCCGAAAGCAGAGUAGAAACUGGAAACUGAAACACUUGGCGGAAGAUGUUGCACUGGACACAGACAUUGAGAACGAUUACAAUGAAUUCCUUGAAGACUUGGAAGAAGAUCCGGACAUGCGACAAAAUGUCAAUAUUUUCAAGGAUGGCAGCAAACCAAUGCCGGUGGAUGUCAACGAUAUGGAUGACCCGUCCGUUCCAAGGAUAACACUCGAGGAAAUGUUGGAUGAUCUGGUACUUGAUGAUGUGGAUAUGGCAGAUUCUUGAAUGCCAUUACCAUUGUUUUUUUUUAAUAUUGUAAAUUUAUAUUGAUAAAUACAGCAUAACUUCAAGAAUUGCUUGAACAAAA